AUGUCUAUAGUGGAUACACUUCCCCCGGCAAUUGUCGCGGUAGUCAGUAGUAUAUCUAUAAUUUUACAAACAAUUAAAAAUCGAAAAAAAUAUAUUGAAAUACCAUCAGACGAAGUUUCCGACGAUAUAGUUGAUAAUGCGCGCUUUUCGACGAUAAAAAGGGACGUCUCCAAACUUGGGGUUACUAUACUGCAGACUGGAUUGUUUGCUUUCUUGUUCUUUUGGAAAUUUAGAAAUGGAAAUAAUCUAAAUUUUGAUACGAUAAGUCCUGGGAUUCUUGCAAUUUGUUGGUUUUAUGCGCUUACAAUUUCAAUUAUUGCCUUGUCAUUGAGAUCAAGACAUUGGAGAUGGAUAUUAAAUGCAUAUUUGACUGCAUUUUUUUUUACCACCUCCCUAUGUUCACUUUGGCAACUUACAACAAUUGUAAAGUUAAGACUAAGUGAUUCUUAUCGCAUAGACGAAAUAAUUGAAAAAUUAUUUAUAAUAUGUAAUUUUAUUUUCUCUGUGGUGGCUACAUCGAUUGCUAUCACAACUCCGAGGGGUCCACCUGUACUUCAAAAUGGAAGAGCUGUUUGUGCAAUCCAGUAUUGUUCUAUAUGGGACUUUAUUACUUACUCGUCUGUUUCUAAAUUAAUUUACAAAAUUUACAAACAAAAGACUUUCGAUGAUGAAGAACUUGACUUAAUUCCAUUUGUUUACCAAGCUAGGUCAUUAUAUAAUGCUUUUAAAAAAACCAGAGGAAGUAGACUUUUGUAUCGACUAAUAGUGGCUAAUAAACGUGUCAUAGGCUUACAACUUUUAUUCACAAUGAUGGGUGCUGCAUUAUAUUAUGUUCCAAUGAUUUUUCUAUAUCGUUUUAUAUCAUUUAUUCAAACAAGACCUGAAAAUGGAUCUUUAGAGCUUGGAUUUAUAUAUGUAUUUGGAAUGCUUAUAUCAUAUAUUUUGUUACAUUUUACUGUUGCACAGAAUUGGUAUUGGGCCUCAAGUGUACUUAAUGUUAGCAUAAAAGGGAUGCUUAAUUCCGAAAUCUAUUCAAAAAGUUUAAGGCGAAUUGAUUCUCAUGUUUCGACUGUGAAAGAUGAACCUAAUAAAUCUGAGGAUAAUUUAGACGUUGCCGACGAUGAUAAUUCAUCUAUUGGCAAGGUUACUAAUCUUAUGUCAAUUGAUACAAAUCGUGUUGGUGAAUUCUCUGUAUGGUGGACAAGUUCAAUUGAUAGUCCAGUAGAAUUAAUAGUUGGUGUUUAUUUUUUGUAUCAAUUAUUGGGCGUGUCUUGUUUGCUCGGUUUGUCGGUUAUGAUAAUUACACUUCCAAUUAAUCAUCAAACGGCCAAGUUAUCUGCAAAAACUCAAGACAAACUCAUGAAUGCUAGAGAUCGUAGGGUGGGACUUAUGAAUGAAGUUUUGCAAGGCAUUCGUAUGAUUAAAUUCUUUUCCUGGGAAAAGAAUUGGGAAAAAAAAAUAUUGAAGGCUCGCAAGGUUGAGCUUAAACAACUUCGAAAUAACUUUAUUUAUUUAUCCAUAUUUGAUAUAUUGUGGACUGCGUCACCUAUCCUUGUCACUAUUCUCAGUUUUUUCUUCUUCACCAAAGUUCAAGGAAAUGAGCUUACAGCUGCCAUUGCUUUUACUUCGAUAGCUAUUUUCAAUGAACUUCGAUUUGCCCUUAAUAUUCUGCCUGAAGUUUUUAUGGAAGGACUUCAAGCAUUGAUCAGCGUACAUAGGAUAGAAAAAUUUUUAGACGAAGAUGAGACCGACAUUUCAUCUGAAAAUGAUUAUCCAUUUAUGACAUCAAUCUCCUUUGAAAAAGCAACUAUCUCAUGGAAUAAAAUUAAGGAAGAUAGCGAUGAGUUUACUAUGCAUGAUUUGGAUUUGAAAUUUCCUGUGGGCGAAUUAAGCAUCAUUUGCGGACCAACCGGAUCCGGGAAGGUUGAUCACAUUACCUUUCUUAAUAAUGAUUUGAUAUCUUUAUCAACAGAAACAAAUAUCAUUAGUGGCAAUAUCAAUAGUCCACAUUGUUUAACAUAUUCUAUUGAUAAUAAUAUCAAUGAAAACAACUGGAUUCUUCCGAAUUGUACUGCUUAUGUUGCACAGCAAGCAUGGCUUCAGAAUGCUUCUAUUCGUGAUAAUAUUCUUUUCGGUCUUCCUUACAAUGAAAAUCGUUAUAAUCAAGUUAUAAAAAUAUGCGAACUGGAAAAAGAUUUUCAGAUACUAGAAGAUGGAGACAUGACAGAAAUUGGUGAAAAAGGAAUUACACUAAGUGGUGGUCAGAAGAUGCGCGUCGCUUUAGCAAGAGCUGUCUAUUCGCGAGCAAAACAUAUAUACAUGGAUGACGUUUUCAGUGCUGUUGACGCACAUACUGCUUUUCAAUUAAUGAAUAAAUGUAUAUUAGGUCCUAUUAUGAAGGGACGUACCCGGAUUCUUGUAACGCAUCAUGUCAGACUCUGUUCGGCUGAUGCCGCUUAUUUGGUUGCUGUCGAUAAUGGAAAAGUUGUUGCGUCGGGUACGAUUUCAGAAUUACGUAACUCAGGAAUAUUGGCCUCAAUCCUUGAUGAGAAUGAUAGACAAUCAGAAUUAGUGAAUUCCGUUGAAUUAGCCGCAGAAAAUGCUGUUGAUGCCAGUAAAGUCUCCGAGCAGUUAAUCUCAUCUUCAUCCAAUUUUGGUCACAAUACCGAUUCAUCAACUGCUUCUGAUGCAACUCUCGUCGAGAAUGUCAUUCAGGCGAAUGAUGAUUCGCAACCAACAAAAAAAGUAUCCAAACCAAAAGUGCUUAUCGAAGAAGAAGCGCGACCAACUGGCAUGGUUAAGUAUAAGAUUUACAAGUCAUAUUUCCGUGCAAAUGGAAAUAUACUUUAUUGGUUGAUUGUCGCUGUAUUAUUUAUUGGCACCAGAGGAAUAACGAUAAUGGAAAAUUGGUGGCUUCAAGUUUGGUCAAAUGCUAGCAGCAAUAAUGAGACAAUUCCAACAAUUUUCAAUUUUGUUCAACAAAAUAAUUUAAUCAUGGUUAAUGGAAUAUUCGACGAUAUUCAUAAGCCACAUGGUGUUGAUUAUUAUUUAAAUAUAUACGUGAUAAUUACAAUUUUAUCUAUUAUCGUUGGCGUUUCGCGCUUUGUUAGUCUUUAUUAUGGAUCUUUGAGAGCGUCUAAAAAACUUUAUCAAAAACUACUUCAUCAAGUUAUUCGCGCCCCAUUAAGAUUUUUUGAUACAACCCCAGUUGGGAGAAUUCUUAAUAGGUUCAGCAAGGAUUUUGAAACAAUUGAUAGUACUUUAGCAGGCGAACUUUCAUGGUUUUUGAUCAAUGCACUCAUGAUGUUGGGUACUUUGGCUGUUGUAACGGUCAUUACAAAAGAGUUCCUCAUUGCGGCAAUCUUUUUUGGUAUUAUUUAUACAAUUGUUGGUGCACUAUACUCGAAGGCAUCUCGGGAACUCAAGAGGAUGGAUUCUGUAUCAAGAUCCCCGCUCUAUACUCAUUUCACUGAAACUCUAAUUGGCAUAACAACAAUCAGAGCUUUCGGUGCAUCAAAGCGGUUCAUGCAAGAAAUGCUAAUAAAAAUAGAUAACAACAGUCGCCCAUUCUUUUAUGUUUGGCUAAUAAAUCGUUGGCUUUCAAUCCGUUUCAACAUUACUGGUUCAUUUGUUUCAUUUUUAGCCGGUAUUUUCAUUCUAUGGAAUAUUGACCGAAUUGAUGCUGGUUUAGCUGGCUUGUCCUUGUCGUUUGCAAUGAGUUUCACAGAGCAAAUAAUGUGGACUGUUAGAAAAUAUACUUCGCUUGAAAUGAGUUUGAAUGCUGUUGAAAGAGUGUGUGAGUUUUCUGAAAUUCCUCAAGAAGCUCCAGCUAUAAUAGAACCAAGACCACCUGCUGCAUGGCCACAUAGUGGUGCAAUUAAGGUAGAAAACUUGGAAGUUAAAUAUGCACCUGAUCUAGAAUCAGUACUACAUCACAUUUCAUUCAGUAUUGAAGGUCAAGAAAAAAUAGGACUUGUUGGACGUACUGGGUCUGGAAAGUCAACAAUAGCAUUGGCAUUGUUUCGAUUCGUGGAACCAUCGGAUGGAAGAAUUUUAGUUGAUGAAAUCGAUAUUUCAUCGGUCGGAGUUGAAGAUCUUAGAUCAAGAAUAACUAUAAUUCCACAAGAUCCAAUAUUAUUUACAGGUACUAUACGGUCAAACCUUGACGCGUUUACUCAAUAUGAUGAUAGUGAAAUAUUGGAAUCUCUGCGACGUGUUCAUUUAAUUCCUUCUGACGAGAAUGCGGAUGCAGCCUCAUUUUCAGGUGAUAAUAUCAAUUUAUUUAAAAAUUUGGACACACCUGUAAGUGAAGGCGGAAAAAAUUUUAGUCAAGGCCAAAGGCAAUUAUUGUGUCUGGCUCGAGCUUUGUUGAGAAGUUCAAAGAUAAUAUUGAUGGAUGAAGCCACAGCGAGUAUCGAUUUUGCUAUGGAUGAAAAAAUUCAAAAAAUGAUAAGGACUGAAUUUGCUGACUGUACAAUAUUAUGUAUUGCACAUCGGUUACGUACUGUUAUUGAUUAUGAUAGGAUACUAGUUAUUGAUCGAGGAAAUAUAAUAGAAUUUGACAGGGGCUAUGAAAUUAGGCUCGAGAAUUACAGAGGCAGUGUAAGACUCGACCAACCAACACCUUUUCUAACUUCUUCGAGGAAGGAACGUAACAGACUCCUUACUCAGAAUCCGAAGACCUCAAAUCCGCCGAAAGAAGUGCUGUUGCUUCCAAGUCGCUAG